UUUGGUGUAUCUAGCUCUAGCUCUAGCUCUAUGGUCUAUGCAGUUGCUUGUAAUUCUUUGAUCUAUGCUUGUACCUAGGCUUGUACGUACACCUAGUACACAUGGUGUUUAUAUAAGUGCUCAGCAAAGCCAAAAGUAUAUGCCAAAAGUAUCAGGACUAUGGAAACAAGUGAUGAUCUGGGUAAGCAACUCUAUGUGGCCUCCUGUGGCGGUCAUGUGCAUGAGGUGGUGAGACUUCUGGCUAGAGGAGCUCCUGUAAACUGGAGGAACAGUGUUGUGUUUGAGCGGACCGCUCUCCAUGCAGCAUGCCUCUGCAACCAUCCUGCUGUAGUGAAGAUACUGGCAGAGCAAGAUGGCAUCGAUGUCAAUGUACAGAGUACUACUCUUGGGUCCACUCCCCUUCACUGGGCCUGCUGGGGGGGACACCUGAAGUGUGUCCAGCUACUGAUGGCAACUGGACAGUGUGCCCUAGGAGCUAUGACCAGUGAGGGACUUACUCCACUGGGAGAGGCAGUCAGGAGGGGGCGCCUGGACACUGUCAAGUGCCUCGUUUCUGAAUUCAAUGUGGAUGUCUGUGCUGGCCUGGUGAAGCCACUCUCUCUUUCACGGAACAAUGACAUUACUCAACUCUUGUUGAAGCACGGGGCUAAAGACAGAUAUUCACAUCAUCACAAAGCUCUUGGGUCACAGUUUAUUAUUUCCAUUCAACCUAAAGAUGUUUCUUGUAAACCUGGGGAAGAAGCUAAGUUUACAGUAUCAACAUCACCAACUGCUUCUACAUGUACAUAUCAGUGGUAUUUUCAAAAUCAAUCAAUAACGAUUGGAAAUCUUGACUGCAAUGGUCAGACAUCAAAUUGUCUCCAGAUAUUAAAAUUCCUUCCUAGGAAUAAAGGUAUUUACUGGUGUGCUGCUGAAAAUGCAUCUGGCACCCGAGUCACCUCACAUCUGGCAGCUCUCACUGCAGAUGUUCCAGAGUGGAGCCUGCACACCUUGACAGUGGAGUUGAAGACUCUUACUGACCCCAUACGGUUUGGGAUACAACUCAACGUCCCUGAAGAAGAACUGGCUAUCAUACGUAAGGACCACCAUCUUGACACUAAAUGUCAAAAGACUGCCUUGUUCCAGUACUUGGCCAACAACCACAAGAGCCGGGCAAUAACUUGGAGCAGUAUUGCCGAUGCUCUGUACAACAUUAAUUAUGUCGAUCUCUCUCUAGACAUUAGGGAGAAAUACUGCGCGAACACACGGUGUAGCAAACAGCAAGGUUUCACUAUAGGUCAAGCAAUGAAAAGACCGAACUCUAUGGAACUGGCUGGUGUUGCUGCUACGGAGAUUAGUGAUAAUCUACUACCAGCUUCCAGACCAACAGAAAACUGUCCAAGCACAGGUGAAUUGGUAAUGACUGGCUUAACACUCGCUGUUCUAAAGAAGAGAAAUAGAGUUAGUGACACCCAGUUGGACACGGAGGUCAUAGAACACGACAUUUAUAUCUUAGCCGGCUGCUUCGAUAAUCUAGAAAACUAUCUCGAUCAGUUGCGCCUGACUCCUGGGCAGCAAACUUACAUUUACGAUAUUGCUGUCAGACAAGACAUUCAAACUGCAAUGGCAAAGGCUUUGAAGCUGUGGCGUGCCCCCAACCCUCUUGUUGCCACGUUCCGAGCCCUAUUGACCAUAAUACUGGAUCUCAAAAGAGGAGACGUGGCUGUUAGGGUGUGUCAGUACAUUGCAGACAGAGUUCCACAAUAAGGGCACUUAACACUCACAUGUUUAUUCCCACACAGACAGUAUCCUUUAAUAUAUACUCAUGUUGUUUAUUUUGGCUGAAGACGUUUACCCAUUUUCAUGCACCACAUCACGCACUUAUAUAAUUAUACUAGUAUAACACAAGUUUUUCUAUUAUUGUGUACAGUCAGCAGUCAUUAGUUGAUUUACCAUGCAGCUUAUUCUCACUUUCUUGUUUUUGUAUAUACUCGUGUUGUUUAUUUUGGCUGAAGACGUUUACCCAUUUUUCAUGCACCACUUAUAUAAUUAUACUAGUAUAAUACGAGUUUUUCUAUUAUUGUGUACAGUCAGCAGUCAUUAGUUGAUUUACCAUGCAGCUUAUUCUCGCUUUCUUGUUUUUGUAUAUACUCGUGUUGUUUAUUUUGGCUGAAGACGUUUACCCAUUUUUCAUGCACCACAUCACGCACUUAUAUAAUUAUACUAGUAUAAUACGAGUUUUUCUAUUAUUGUGUACAGUCAGCAGUCGUUAGUUGAUUUACCACGCAGCUUAUUCUCGCUUUCUUGUUUUUGUAUAUACUCGUGUUGUUUAUUUUGGCUGAAGACGUUUACCCAUUUUCAUGCACCACAUCACGCACUUAUAAUUAUAAUUAUACUAGUAUAAUACGAGUUUUUCUAUUAUUGUGUACAGUCAGCAGUCAUUAAUUGAUUUACUAUGCAGCUUAUAGCUUUUUGUAAACAUAUAUAAUUGAUAUUAUUUUUGUA